CUUAACUCGCCUGCUGGCUGUGCUGUGCUGUGUGCAGCUCGCGCUCUCGCUGCUGUGUGAUUCGUUCAGUACGCUCCAGUCGAUCCAUUAAGUUGGAUCACUUUUCUUUCAGCCAAGCGACGGCAAAACAUAAUUUUAAGUCGAUCAAGGACAGCAGGACAUAACUGAGCAGCCAGAGUGCAAAGGGCAUCAUGUUGCCCCAUUGGAAGCGGCUGCUGUUCGCCGCUGUAAUUGCUGGAGCAUUAGUUGGUACAAAUGCUCAAUUUUGGACGAAUCCCGGUGCGACUGGCUCUAUCCAUGAGUCGCUACGUCACCAUACACGAGAUGAUCCUAGAGAUACGUUUUCCAUCGAUGAAAGUUACGAUAUUGUAGAUUCGGCGAGUAUUCAGCGUGGCGCACCUUUGCCAAAGAACUGCACUGCUGGGUAUGCGGGCUGCGUGCCCAAGUGUAUUGCCGAGAAGGGUAAUCGUGGUCUGCCCGGACCCGAGGGUCAGACUGGACCGAAGGGUCUGCAAGGUUAUGCGGGACCAGAGGGUCCGCCCGGUGACAAAGGUCAGAAGGGUGAUCCGGGUCCAUUUGGAGCAAGAGGUCAGAAGGGUGAGCGAGGAUCACGCGGUAUUCCCGGUCUGCCAGGCGUUGCUGGCGUCCAAGGCCCAGCGGGAAAUCCUGGUGCACCAGGUCUCAAUGGCAAGGAUGGUUGCGAUGGCACCGCUGGUUUGCCAGGUCUUCCAGGCCUGUCCGGUAUGGUUGGUCCUCGCGGCUACACCGGCGGACCUGGUCCCAAGGGCGAGAAAGGUGAACCAGCUAAAGAGAAUGGUGACUAUGCCAAAGGUGAGAAAGGUGAGCCCGGUUUUGCUGGACGCUCUGGCGCCCCCGGACCCGAAGGAGAACGCGGCGAGAAAGGUCAACGUGGCGAUACAGGACCUUAUGGACCUCCUGGACCGCGAGGUGAUCGCGGUAUCAAGGGUGAGAAGGGCGCUGCAUGCUUUGCCACAGCUAUGCCCGGCGAGAAAGGUGACAAGGGCGAGAAAGGAGAUCCAGCUCCCAAGCUUCCUGUUCAUGGUUCCGAUACUGUUAUGGGACAGCGCGGCGAUGUUGGCCAGAAAGGUGAAAUGGGUUAUAUGGGCGAGAAGGGUGGACUUGGACCCGCUGGUGAGCCUGGACUUGAUGGACCAAAGGGUGAAAAGGGUGUGCCUGGCUUCGUAGGAGAUCGAGGUCGCCCAGGCAACUUUGGACCGACAGGACCUGCUGGACAGAAGGGAGAUCGUGGUGAGACGGGUCUAAAUGGAUUGCCUGGAUUACCCGGCAUGAAGGGUGAGCCAGGACGACCAGGUAAACCAGGUGAACGCGGUUUGGUUGGUCCGGCAGGCCCUCCUGGCGGAGGACGCGGUCAGCCGGGCGCCCCAGGACCCAAAGGACCUCGUGGCUAUAGCGGUCCCCCGGGCCCUCAAGGUCUCAAUGGUAUGGAUGGUCCUCAAGGACCUCAAGGCUACAUGGGUCCCAAAGGAGGUCCUGGUCUGCCUGGAAUUCCUGGCAAUGAAGGCCCUGCCGGACAGAAGGGCGAAAAAGGUAUUCCUGGAUUCGUCGGCUCUCCGGGUCCAGUCGGACCAAUUGGCCAAAACGGCCCUCCAGGACUUGACGGACAAAAGGGUGAGCCUGGCUUACCCGGCUAUGGCAUUCAAGGCCCCAAAGGCGAUGAUGGAAUCAAUGGUUUCCCCGGCCAGAAGGGCGCUAAAGGCGAAAGAGGCUAUAAGGGCAAUGCUGGUGUUCCCGGAGAUUCGAAAUUGGGCAGACCUGGUACCCCCGGUCCAGCAGGUAUUCCUGGCCCACAGGGUGAUGCUGGUCGUCCUGGCAUACCCGGUGACAAAGGCGACAUGGGUCCAAAAGGUGAUGCAGGUGGCAAAUGUUCUCUAUGCCCACCCGGCGCUAAGGGAGACAAAGGCGAGCGUGGUGUGAAUGGCAUCCCAGGCAACCCAGGUCCUCGUGGCCCACCAGGUGAACGAGGCUAUGCUGGCGAGCGUGGUGAUGAUGGCAUUGUUGGACAAACAGGACCUCCUGGCGAGAAAGGCCUUGAUGGUUUGCCUGGUGCACCCGGUGCAACAGGAAAGCCUGGCAACUCAGCUUUUGUUAACUUGAGUCAAAUCAUCCCAGAGAAAGGCCCCAAGGGAGACCCUGGAUAUCCAGGAGCUCCUGGCAUUAAGGGCGAACGUGGUGAUAGUGGAAUACCUGGCUUGCCUGGUGCUAAAGGCGAAAUGGGUGUCAAGGGCGACAAGGGUUACAUGGGCCAGCCGGGCACAGACGGUGCUCCUGGUGCACGUGGACGUGAUGGUUUUGAUGGCUUCCCUGGACAGAGCAUCAAGGGAGAACCUGGCCGCUCCGGUGUGGAUGGACCUAAAGGUGACAAGGGUAGCCUUGGAUAUGUAGGACAGAAGGGCGAGCCCGGCACUUGCGCGGCUAGUGAACUGAAAGUACCCAUGAAAGGCAACAAGGGCGACCGUGGUCCUACGGGUAUGCCUGGACCGAUCGGACCAAUGGGCCAGAAGGGCGAGAUUGGCAGGAACGGUGAGAAGGGUGACACAGGUCCACAAGGUCCUCCUGGCUUGGUUGGCCCUCGUGGUAUUACUGGACCUCGCGGCGAGAAAGGAAACCCAGGCCAAUAUGGUGCGCCCGGUAACGAUGGCAAGGACGGACUUCGUGGACCACCUGGUCGCUAUGGCGAGCGUGGACAAAAGGGUGAACAAGGCGCUACUGUGGCUGGUCCUCCCGGUCCUGCAGGUCGCGAUGGUUUGACAGGCGAGAAGGGAGAUCGCGGUCCGGUUGGUGCCAUUGGCAUGAUCGGGCCUAUGGGCAAUCCUGGCUAUCCCGGAGACAAGGGUGAUUCCGGUUUCCCUGGUCAACCUGGUGCCACUGGCGCUCUUGGACAGAAAGGAGAACCUGGCCCAAUCGGUCCGGAAGGUCGUCCUGGCCCACCUGGUAUACCUGGCAUUGCUGGUGUCCAAGGUCGUGAUGGUGCCAAGGGAGAGCCAGGCAGUAUUGGACUCGUUGGCAUGCCUGGUAGCAAGGGCGAACGCGGUGCACCUGGCAACGAUGGUCCUAAAGGUUUAACUGGCUUAGCUGGUGCUCCCGGCAAACGCGGUCCAAUUGGACCUGCAGGAAUUCCCGGCAUGAAGGGUGACAAAGGCGCACGUGGCUUGACUGGCAACGAUGGUCUGCCCGGCGCUCGAGGACCGACUGGACCACCCGGUAUGAUGGGAGUUAAGGGAGACAUGGGCCCACGUGGCUUGCCUGGACAAGAUGGUUUGAAUGGUUUGCCCGGAGAGAAGGGUAACCAAGGUCUUCCAGGUUUUGAUGGACCUCAGGGAGAGCCGGGCGACGCUUCCGAAAAGGGACAAAAGGGCGAGCCCGGUGUCUCCGGAUUGCGCGGUCAAGAUGGCUUACCCGGUGCCCCUGGACUGCCAGGCGAGAAGGGUUUACCUGGAAUUGCUGUACACGGUCGACCAGGCCCACAGGGCGAGAAGGGUGAUACUGGACGUGAUGGACUCUACGGACAAGAUGGUCUGCCCGGUGAGAAAGGUGACCGUGGAUUCAAUGGACCACCUGGUGCAAAGGGUGACAAGGGCAAUUCUGGACUGCCUGGCAAUCCUGGAAUUCCUGGCCGCGAUGGUUUGCCUGGACCACAAGGUAGUCCUGGACCGAUCGGCUAUCCUGGUGCUAAGGGUGCCAAGGGUGAGCGUGGUCCAGGAGGCGUUGAUGGACUAAAAGGCGCAAUGGGUCUACCGGGCAGGCCAGGUUACCAAGGAGCACCUGGCUUGAAGGGCGACAAGGGCGAAAAAGGUCUCAGAGGUCCAGCAGCUGAAGUCGAUCUGUUUGCAUUAAGAGGGGAAAAGGGUACGCCUGGCAGCCCAGGCUUGACUGGUUUGCCUGGACUUCAAGGUAUCAAGGGUAACCAAGGCCCAGCUGGCUACCCCGGCGAGAAGGGAGAACGAGGCUUAACAGGACCAGCUGGCGUUCCUGGCUUAGCUGGAGAGCCUGGACCUAAGGGCGAUAUGGGUUUGCCCGGUGAACGCGGUUUUCCAGGACCUGUUGUCCGGGGAGAGAAGGGUCUACCAGGACGUGCGGGUAAAAAUGGACGCCCAGGUGCUCCUGGUUUGCCUGGUAUGAAGGGUGAGCGUGGCUUGGCCGGCUUGCCAGGUAAUGCUGGUCUAGUCGGUUUGCCUGGUCCAAUUGGUCCCAUGGGUCCCAAGGGUGAACGUGGUUUGACUGGCCCUCCUGGCAUCGAUGGCAUCGCUGGCAUGGAUGGCGCGACAGGCGAAAAGGGUGACGUUGGCUAUCCAGGCAUGAAGGGUGAUCGCGGCCUUCCCGGCUUGGAAGGCCAAAAGGGUGACAAGGGCAACUCUGGACCUCCCGGUCCUCCUGGCUUAAACGGCCUAACUGGUCUUAAGGGAGAUACUGGCGCUCCUGGUUUGCCGGGCCAUCCAGGUCCAGCUGGUGCCCCAGGCGAGAAAGGCUUCACAGGGCCUAAGGGUCGUGACGGUCGCGAUGGUCUUCCUGGAUUGCGCGGCGAGAAGGGCGAGCCUGGCAUGAUUCCUCCUCCCGGCCCUAAGGGCGAGCCUGGUCGUCCCGGUCGUGAUGGCGAGAAGGGCGACCGUGGACCACAAGGUGAACGCGGUCUUAUUGGUAUUCAAGGCGAGCGUGGCGAGAAAGGUGAACGUGGCUCGAUUGGUUUGACUGGUCCCGUUGGCCGACCCGGCCUCAAAGGCGAUCGCGGUGAACAAGGUUUGAUUGGUCUAGAAGGUGAGGUCGGUCCCAUGGGCUUCAAGGGUGAGCCCGGUCUGCCCUGCUCUGGCGCACAGGAUUAUCUCACUGGCAUACUACUAACGCGCCACAGCCAAAAUGAUCAGGUGCCACAGUGUGCUCCUGGACAUGUAGAACUCUGGACGGGCUACUCAUUGCUCUACGUAGAUGGCAACGACUACGCACACAAUCAAGACUUGGGCUCGCCCGGCUCCUGUGUGCCACGCUUCUCCACAUUGCCCGUGAUGUCCUGUGGACAGAACAACGUUUGCAACUAUGCAUCGCGCAACGAUAAGAGCUUCUGGCUAUCCACCUCAGCGCCCAUACCCAUGAUGCCCGUCAAUAGCCAGGAGAUUAGCAAAUAUAUUUCAAGGUGCGUCGUCUGCGAGGCACCAGCGAAUGUCAUUGCCGUGCACAGCCAGUCGCUGGCGAUACCCAACUGCCCCAAUGGCUGGGAAGGACUAUGGAUUGGCUACAGCUUCCUCAUGCACACGGCUGUGGGUAAUGGAGGCGGUGGUCAGGCCCUGCAAUCGCCUGGCUCCUGCUUGGAGGACUUCCGUGCCACUCCGUUCAUUGAGUGCAACGGAGCUAAGGGACACUGCCAUUUCUAUGAAACAAUGACCAGCUUCUGGAUGGUUACCCUAGAGGAUAACGAUCAGUUCAACAAACCCGAACAGCAAACGCUCAAAGCAGGCAAUUUGCUUUCGCGUGUAUCCAGGUGUCAAGUCUGUGUGAAGAACUCGUCAUAAAGCGCACACCAAUAAUUUUAAUCUAAAUGUAAUGCCUUAACUAUACCAACGAACAAAAACAACAAACACACACACACACACGCAUACACAAACACACAUACUAGAACCAACACUGCUACCAAAUUCCUUAAAAGCAAACAACUAACCAAAUAUAUACAAAAAGUACCCAAAGAAGAAAUAUAUAUAUAACUAUAUGUAUGUGUAGGUCCGCCCCGAUUAGGGUGGAGCGAGUUUGCCAUUUUUUGUAUCUGCCAUUUUUUUAAAGAAAAAACAAAAAAUAAAUGAAAACCAAUGUAAGCUGCUUCUUAGUUACGAGUAAGUUAAGUAAAUCAACAACAACAAAUAAACUAGCCUGGUAAUAUGUAAAACAAGAAAAGAACGUUUAAUAAUACAUCCCCACUUGUUUGUUUCCUUUAUCUGUAUCUUCCAUAUGUUGUCGAGAUGUGAAGGAAUUGUAUGAUGCGAUAUUCAAAAUUAUAUUUUUGCGUACUCAACAUUGUGCUAGAGCCUAAAACGAAGCCCUAAUUAAACAACAAGAAAACAAAUGAAUAAAAUAAAUAAAAACAUUUUUUCUUAA